AUGACAGAUGGAUGGGGAAGAAGUCUCUUCCUAGGAUAUUUCAUGGGAAUAGUCAUUGGAAGCUACUGGAGUGUGCCUGAUCAGGCUUCAGGUUGUCAGAUUCAAAUGGAGACUGGCGACUUGGCAGUGCAGCCUAACGCUGAUGAAGGAAUGGAGUCCAACCAGGCUCAGUCACCGAAAAGCACUGUAGUGAACAUGAAAAAUGCUGCGCAGACUCAACCCCAGUUGCAUUCCCGGCCUGUACCAGACCACAUCCUCUGGUCUCUCUUUAAUGCCUUCUACCUGAAUGCCUGCUGCCUUGGAUUCCUUGCACUUGCAUUCUCAAUCAAGGCACGGGAUUCAAAAGUUGCUAACAACAUGCGAAGAGCUAGAAAAUUUGCUUCUACUGCCAGGGGGCUGAAUGUUGCUGCCACCCUGUUUUCCCUGAUUCUGAUAGCAGCUGGUGUAGCCUAUUACUUGUAUGUGACUGUGGCGCAUCUUACUCCGUAACCAGAGAUGCUUUCCAACUCCAGAAGGAAGAACAUUUCAAAACAGAAGACACAGAUGCUGCUGAAGAACAUCUAUCUGUGACUGAAUUUGCAAACUGCAUCAUGCAAAUGCACAGUGAAAAUAUUUUUAUACAUUCAUUUUGCAUUCUGUCUGUAAUUCAAUUAUUCUGGACAUUGUGGAUAUUCUGAACGUUAUGGACACUUUGCAAAUUAUACAGUAUAUUAACCUGAAAUUCAGAAUAAAUACAAAUUUUAGUCCUUAGGAAAACAAUAAAUAAGGGUCUGUAAAUCUUAAAUUUGUAGAUUUGAUUAUGGAUUGGGCAUUAGGAGAUGGAAGACUGGCGAUCAGAAAUGAAGGUUUGAAAAUGUUGGUUUGGGUCGUGAGUCUAAAAUCUGAGAUUGGGUACUAGAGACAAGAUUUUGGAAACUAGAAACUGAAGACUGGGUGAUUACAGAAUAAAGACUGGAGAUUAGAGACUGGAAACUAUCACAGUGCCCCACCUCACAACUCUGCCCCACCCCCUUCACCGUGCCCCAACCCCAUCACUGAGCUCCGCCCCAUCACUGUGCUCCACUCCCAUCACCGUGCCAACCGUCAUCACUCUGCCUCACCCUCAUCACUGAGCUCCAUCCCCAUCACUGUGCUCCACCCCCAUCACUGGUAUCAUGGUAUCCUUUGAUGUCACAGCAUUAUUAACAUCGAUUGACAUCCCACUAGCCAAAAGAAACACUGGCCAUAUUGCUACAGGAAGCAGGAAUGCAGACCAGCACCUCCAUCAGCAUUUCAACAUACUCAACAAUGACAACAUACUCAAGCCACUGGACCUGUGCAUCACCGCACACUUUCGUCUUGAAUUGUCAAGUAUACAAACAGAUCAAUGGCACACCCAUGGAGUCAUCCAUCUCAGGACUCGUCGCAGAGGCAGUCAUGCAAAGACUGGAACACACCAUCCUCCCCCGCGUUCAAGAUGAACUGUGGUUCCAGUA